AUGUCUAGUUUAAACGAAGCUCAGAGUACACUGCCGCGCGGGUCGCAGCGUCAUAUCAAGAGAUUGAGGGCUUUGCUGAAGCGGCGCGAUCUCUUGGUUGCCAUGGAUGAAGCUCUCUCACAUGCUACUUUCGAAUUUCAUCACUCGAUUCUCUCCGGUCGUUGGGCAUCGAGAGUCUUUCUCGGAUAUCGGAACCAGAGUGAUGGGAAAACAGUUACUGUAUGGGCGUACAUCUACGACGAUCAUACCGGGGGCGAGCCACCAAUUGUGUUCCGCGAUGAGGUACCGAUCAAUUCCAAAGGUGCUAUGACGACCCAGCUAUAUCCACGCGCUGCAUCAUCGCUCCUACGAAAAGCUUGUCAACUUCGACCGCCGUUCUGCUUUCUGCAGCAGGAACUUGAUGAGGGCGCCAAAGACGGGCGCGGUAUGCUAUGCGCAGUUGUCUUCUACUAUGGGCUCAUCUCGGAAUCAAGCGAUUGUGCUAUACGAUGGCCGCGAUUCGAUGCGUGUCUUAUGGCUGCCCUGGACUACAUCAGCACCACCGUUGGAGUGCCGGUGGCGAAGCAAGCAGUCCAGCAUGACAGAACUUUGGAGACCACGGAGGCUCCUCAAUCCAAACUUCCAAUGGCAUUAUGUGAUACGGCAUCGAAGAGGAAGGUUCCAAGCGCCGCUUUAGUGAUGAACCCAAUUCCGGAGGAUGGAGAUCGCGCCGCUCUACCAACGAACUUUGCGAACAGAGAUCACCGGUACAACGAGUCACUCGUUGUCAGACUCAAGCUGAAGCGACAAGCUCUUGUUAACAUAACCGGUAUCAGUCAAACUUUCGAUUUUUCUGAGAACCAGGAUAAACCCAUGGAAGCUGUCGCCAGCUUUUGCGACAGCGUGCUUGGAGACAGUGCUCACAGCGUGAUUGGAGACGAUGUGGACAGUGUCAUUGGAGAUGUCAGUGACGACGCUUGCUACAACGACCGGACGACGCAUUGUCGAACAACAAGCAAGAAGCGCAAGCUAGACAGGAUCUCGAAGGGCAGCGACGGCAAGGGAUUUGGAAAGACGAAUGGUUAUAGAUGGUGA